UUUGGAAAUUAGUGUGAAUAGUUGAGGGCGAAGAGUGAUGGGGAGGUGUGGGUGUGGGAAGGAGGCAUUGAUCAUGAUGAUUCAGGUGGGUAGUGAGUAGGUGACACAAGUGGAUGGGGCUCUGCUUGCUUGGGAAGUUGAAAACAUUGAACGCAGCAACCCGCCUUACUUUCUUUUUCUACACAAACACCACGCACCACCUUUCAUCACUUCUUCUCCUCAAAUCCUCAACACCGGCUGCACCUCCUUCCUAUAUGUGUUUAAUUAGGGUUUACAUGCAAAUCUCUCUUGGUCGGUUCCCAGAUAAGGCCCUGCCACUUGGAUAAGAUAGCUAAACAAACAAACAAAGUAAAACCUUCUUUUUCUUUAAAUUAAACUUGAACAUGGCGAAUCGAUGGUGGGCUGGGAAUAAUGUGGCUAUGAGGGCAACCGACUCAAUCUCAGCGUCCCCAUCAGUGCACCUGAGAAGAGAACAGGAGUUCCUGGACACUCCCACCAACAACAACAACACUCCAACAAACAGCAGCAAUAGUAACACCAACCCCAACACCGAAGAAGACGAGAGCAGAGACACCGGUGCCGCUGCUGGAGCAAGGGGAGACGACAACAACCCUGCAGACCCGGCAAGCGGACCAGGAACCAGCGGAAAAAGGCCACGUGGCAGGCCUCCGGGAUCUAAGAACAAGCCUAAACCCCCAGUUGUCAUUACCAAAGAGAGCCCCAACGCACUCCGCAGCCAUGUUCUUGAGAUCAGCAGCGGCUCCGACGUCGCUGAGAGCAUCGCCACCUUCGCCAACCGCCGCCAUCGAGGUGUGUCGGUCCUCAGUGGAAGCGGCAUUGUUGCAAACGUCACGCUCCGCCAACCCGCUGCUCCCGGUGGCGUCAUCACUCUCCAUGGAAGGUUCGAGAUACUCUCACUCAACGGCGCUUUCCUACCCGCUCCUUCUCCUCCCGGGGCCACCGGACUCACCGUUUACCUGUCCGGCGGUCAGGGGCAGGUGGUUGGCGGAACUGUUGUGGGUUCCUUGGUGGCUUCGGGCCCUGUAAUGGUGAUUGCCGCAACCUUUGCCAAUGCUACUUAUGAACGGUUACCGCUUGUGGAAGAUGAACAAGUUGAAGAAGAAAUGCAAGUGCAGCAGCAACAUUCAGGAGGAGUGAGUGGUGGCGGUGGCGGUGGCGGUGCUGCUGCUGGUGGUGGCAGUGGAGGAGGUUCUUCUUCUCAAGGGGGUGGUUUGGGUGAGGGUGGUGGUUCUGUGGGAAUGUACAAUUUGCCACCGAAUUUGAUGCACAAUGGUCAAUUGGCGGCACAUGAUGUUUUCUGGGGACCUCCACCGCCUCGUCCUCCGCAGCCUCCAUCUUUCUAAAGGGACGACAACGGAAUGGGAUGAAAUGAAGUGAAAUGUUGUUGUGAUAUAUCUCUUUCAUCAUAAUAACUGACUUGUUUGUUGUACUUUUGUGCAGUGACGGUUUUCUUUCUUUCUUAGCAAGGUAGUUAGGAUGAUGAGGAACCUUAGCUUUUUCUUUUGUUAGUUCAAUAUUUUGCUUUGCUUCAAAGGAACUCGCGAGUAGUAAUUUAAUCUUCAGAUAUGUUUUUAUUUGUACUCUUUUUCUGCACCUGCUAUCUUCAAUUCCCUUUUUCUUUCAAUAUAUCUCUUGUGGUGGAAGAGUUGAGUUAUGAUUGUGUAGGUGAGAAUGGUAACCGUGAAGGGAAUAUGAUUAAUUGGUGGCUCCUACCGCUCCUCCUAUAUUCUAUUCUAUGUGGUAAGUGUACUUUGUUUGUUAAUUGUUUUGACUCCUCCCUUGUUUUCCUCAUUUGAUUGCAUGGGUACUACUUGCAGCAAGUAUUAAUUAUGUGUUGGACACUAGCCAUUCAAUUCUCUUGAAAUAACUAGCCUAUCUAGUUCUUAUUGUUUAUUAUUUUCCUCUUGUCUCAAGAGAGGAAUCAUAUAUAUGGUAGGGUCAGAUAAUGAACCUUUCCCAGUUCGAUUUAGAGACUGAGCUGGGUAAUCUCAACUAUAUUAUGCAGGAAUCCGGCACCUCUUAGAUUUGAAGUCGGCAAUGAAUUUGGACCAUAGUUUGAACCCCUCUUGUUUUAGAGAUAAAUCUACCCAAUAUAAUCAUUUACGGUUUAAAAAAAAAAAAUUAGUGUGGCAUAACUAGUUAUAGACAUGAAGAAUUUGAUCCUUAUAUCGAUGAAGAUUGGAUCAAAUUAAAGGUGGUCAAUCAAUAUUGUUCCGUAUACAAUAUGCUCAUUUUUAGUUUGUUUUGGAUAACGUUGAAAUCUAGGAAAUUUUGAUAGUUUGACUCGGCCGCUUCUAUAAGUAUCCCAUCACUGGUGUGGCUGAAGCAUAGUACAAGAAUGUACUAAGGUGCAGUUUCCCUUGUACUUCUUGGAUCCUUGUUUUCCCUUUUGUGUAUUUCGGUGAACAAACUGAAUGUCCAGUAAACUUUUAUUAGGAAAUAGUAGAACCAAGACAUGCAUGUCUAUUGA